UUUGCCACUACCUAUCUACGAAUCGUGAGUCUAUUCGUUCCGAAGACGAAGUUAUCGACUAUCGUUACCAAUUUUCGCCAAAGAGGUACCAAACCAUGAUGAAGAUAUAUUGGGGAUUACUUUGCGCCAGUUUGUUGUGUUUGGGAGCCGGAAAGGUGGAAGGGCUCCAACGAUGGGGUUCUAAGUAUGGAAAAGCUCCUCUUUUGGAGAGAUUCUUCUGGAGAGCGUUGGACUUUGCAUACCCAGAUGAAUCAAGCAGACAAAUGGCAAUGAUGAGGGGAGAUUUUGUACCAGAGAAUGCGUUGCCUGUUGGUAUCGAGGUAUGGCGCAACAAGCUCUUUGUCACCGUACCAAGAUGGAGGAAUGGAAUUCCGGCGACUUUGAAUUAUAUAUCGCUCGAUGCGAAUCGUGGAGGCUCACCUAGGCUCACGCCUUAUCCAAACUGGGCGCUGAACAAAGCUGGGGCGUGUGGUACCGGCUUGACCACUGCUUACAGAAUACACGCAGACGCAUGUGACAGACUCUGGGUACUAGACACUGGUACUAUAGGCAUCGGGAACACAACGGUGCAAGCCUGCCCUUACACACUAAAUGUUUUCGAUUUGACAACGGACAAAAUCUUAAGGCAAUAUAGACUGAGACCCGAAGACAUCAAUAUGAACACAUUCAUUGCCAAUAUCGCGGUGGAUUUGGGGAAAGGCGGAUGCAACGAUGCGUUCGCCUACAUGUCUGACGAGCUGGGAUACGGCUUGAUUGUGUACUCCUGGGAGCAGAACAAAUCAUGGCGUGUUACGCAUAGCUAUUUCAUGCCGGAUCCUCUAGCCGGUGAUUACAAUAUCGGCGGCUUGAAUUUCCAAUGGGGAGAAGAAGGAAUUUUCGGUAUGAGUCUGUCCCCCAUCAACGUGAAUGGAUUCAGAACUCUGUUUUUCCAUCCUCUCAGCAGCAGAAGAGAAUUUGCAGUCUCGACAAGAAUUCUCAGGGAUGAACAGCUGUCGCAGGACAGCUACCACGAGUUCCAGGUUCUACCAGAAAGGGGACCACUCGGUCAUUGUACUGCUUCCGCAAUGGACGAAAAUGGUCUUCAAUUCUUUAAUCUAAUUGAUCAAAACUCGGUAGGCUGUUGGAAUUCUUUAUUACCAUAUGGGCCUCAGAAUCAUGCAGUUGUUGUAAGACAUGACGAUGCUUUAAUAUUUCCAGCGGACGUCAAAAUAAGAGGGGGAUUGUUAUGGAUUAUAUCAGACAGAAUGCCAAACUUUCUGAUAGCGACUCUGAAUUACACCGACGUAAACUUCAGAAUAUUGACAGUGCCCGUAAGGGAGGCCAUCGCAGGCACCGUUUGUGAAAACUCACCUUGGGGAUACAUCAGCAACUCCAUUUGGUGGGAGUAAUGAAUUUCGUUAAUAGAUUUAUAUUGAAAAUAUUAGAUUUAGGAUCGAAAGUUAGCAAAACAAACGUUCGAACAGCAAAAAUGUUCUACGAUUUUACACCAGAAGAACUUUGUAAAUCAAAAUUUCGACAAUCACAACUUUCCUAGAAUAUAAUUCUACAUAUACUGAA